UUGCGAGGGUGGCUUUCCUUUGGAUGCAUGGAGAUAUUGGGCAUCGGAUGGUAUUGUUACCGGGAGUAACUAUGUGGAGCACAGUGGCUGCUGGCCAUAUCCGUUUCCACCCUGCGAGCAUCACAACAACAAGACGCGUUAUCCUCCGUGCAAGCAUGAGCUCUAUCCAACGCCAAAAUGCAGAAAAAAGUGUGGUCGCGAAUACGGAAGAUCUUAUAGAGUUGACAAGUAUUACGGUUAGUAAAUGAUA